AGGCUGGAAGUGUGGAGACCUGCAGGGAGGUUUGAAGGGAAACCUGAAUGAGCUUCUUUGAUGGAUGGAGGGAGUGAAGUGGGUCUCAGUUGCCCUACACGGCAUGGGAGUGGGAGCGAGACACCAUGCCCUAUGGAGCUGUGUCCCUUUGAGAGUGGGUUCCUGUGGCUGGGGUGUUGGUAGGCGUGUGUGUGUGUGUGUGUGAAGGGGUGUUCAGUUGAUAGGCAGCUAAUACAGUGGAACGUUUUCAGUUUCAACGGUGAGUCGGGAGACUUGGGGCCUGGUCCUGGCUCACCUUGCCCUUGCAGUGUGACCUUGCACAAGUAUUUUGGCUUCACAUAGCUUCAGUUGUUCCAUUUACAAACCUGGGCUCAGCAACACUGUUCUGUCCCUUAUUCAAGGAUGCUGUGAGAGUACUGGGAAGCUGGUUGAGAGGUGCACAGUGGCCUGGGGAGAUAACCUUCCCACGGGUGUGCAGGGAGCCCAGUGCUGGGCAUGUUUGCUGAGCACUGAGUGCGGUGCUCAGUCUCUGCACCAGGCCUGGCUCCUCCAGAGUUCUUGCUUUGGUUCAGUGACCCGCAACUUUUCAAGCUUAUGAUUCAUCCUGUUAGGCAGUGGGAAAACCUUUAAUGUUUAACCCGGGGAGGUCACUUGCAAGUUUACAGGGGUUUAUUUCUAUUUCCUGCUUUGGUGACCUUCCUUCCUGCAGGUUUUGGAUCACUUCCUAUCUUUGGGCAUCUGACUUGAGAAGCUGUUCCCGAGAAUUCCCCAUCAGUUUUCAGCCUGUGCCUUGUGUGUUGCACGCACAGGGCUUGAUGUGUCUUGUAACAGAAGGGGCUGGUGACUGCAUUCGGAAGUGCCCAUGACAGAGCUGGUGUCCUCCAGGGGAGGGUCCCCUACAGGGGAGGAGGGUCUAGGGGACGACCACGGCCUGGUUAUCCACCACCCGGCAGAGGAACAGCCCCACCGCUGCCCCCUGUGCGGGCAGACCUUCUCCCAGCAGCCCAGCCUGGUGCGGCACCAGAAGGCGCACGUCGGGGCGGGCCGCGCGGCCGCCUUCGUGUGUCCCGAGUGCGGCAAGGCCUUCAGCGUCAAACACAACCUGGAGGUGCACCAGCGCACACACACCGGCGAGCGGCCCUUCCCCUGCCCCGAGUGCGGCCGCUGCUUCAGCCUCAAGCAGAACCUGCUCACGCACCAGCGCAUCCACAGCGGCGAGAAGCCGCACCAGUGCGCGCAGUGCGGCCGCUGCUUCCGGGAGCCGCGCUUCCUGCUCAACCAUCAGCGCACCCACGCGCGCAUGCCCACGCCGCACCCGCGCCGUCCCGGGGUCUUCGGGGAGCGGCGACCCUACUUCUGCCCCCGCUGCGGCAAGAGCUUCGCCCGUGAGGGCUCGCUCAAGACCCACCAGCGCAGCCACGGCCACGGGCCCGAGAGCCAGGCGGCCCCUUUAAGCCGUGUGCUAUGACCUGUGGGAGACCCGCCGCCAUCAGCUGCCUGAGAUCCGGGAGUCACAUCCAGGGGUGCUGAGUUGCGGUCCCCUCUCUGGAUGGGCUCCUGGGGGAGGGGCAGGGCCGGAUUGGGGUGUUAAAGGGGCUUGGGCCACUCCCUUUCUUUUUCUCCCCCCUGGCUGGCUGCAUGCAUCUGCUUUGGGCACCGGCGUUGGUUUGCCUCUUCCAGCUCCUGCUGCCUAGAGCAGCAUGGCAGCCUUGGAAGCGACUUGGAGAGGGCCACUUUCCACAGCUCCCAGACCCAAGCUUUGUCCACAAAGCCUCAGCCUCCUGCACCCCCUGUCCGGUGGCCUUGAGAAGCCAUUUCACACCGUGUCUCAGUUUGCUUAUCGUACCAAGUGGACAGGAUCUCGUGGCCCAGGACGUGCAGGGCACACCUGGGCAUGGAGACUUAAAAUGAAGUCCCAUGGGGGCCUGGCAUCUGGCAUCUGGGCGUGAGGACAUAUCUCCUCAGAAGACUAACCUGAAGAUGUCCUGUUUUGGUAGAACCUGGAAUUAGAGAGUGAUUCCACACCUUGGUGGAAAACUCCCUAGAUCUGACUUGAGUCACAGCUGGACAAGCCUCCUUUCGGCUUCCUGACCCUAGACCUCGACACAGGUGUGUAGAUGCCUGAGUCUCUGACACCUCUCUGUAUGGAGAGCUGGUUUAUCUUCCAGCCUGGCCCACCGCUUGGUUGAAGGGCAGGGACAAGAAGCGACUGGCCUGCCCUAUUGCAGCAAGUUGAUGGCAGCCUGGCUUGAGAGGCAAAACUUCCCUUAAGAUGUGAACAGCACCUGAAGGCUUCCAUGCACUUGCUGAACUAGAAAGAUUAACACUUGAGGGGCAAGUGUCUUUUUACAACCUGAUGGAGGCUAUGGACCUUCUCCUAGGAGAACGCACAUACCCACGUAGCUCUCACAAUGCCAAGCAGUUUCAGGAGCCUCCAAACUCCAGACUAAAGACCUCAGCCCUGGGAUUUCAUGUGCCAUCCUGUCCUUACUCCAUACAAGUGUGUCUCUCUCCUCCUGGUCUCCUCUUGUUUGGGAAUAAAGAAUGCUGAGGCUGA